GGGCUUUUAAAACAUUUAGGUCACGGGUGGGAAAAGCGUGGCCCAGGGUUGUACGCCUUAUGGGACGCUUUUGCCCCCAAAUUCCUCUCCCUCUCCUCCCCGCCACCAUCCAGAACAGCUUGCUUACAAGUGCUUUCAAGGUUUAACAUUAUAAACGCUAGCUACUUGUAGAGUUCGCGUCUCGCAGGCCAAAACGACGCUGAGAAAAAGCUUGGCGAAAAAUAUGCGCCGUUGUACGCAGUUCAGUGACUUUUUAUGUUGUUUUUGUAGAAGUGCUUUUAUAGGAAAAGCGUACAGAAUAUGCACUGGUAUUUAUUUUCUGCAAACGGGAGAAUAAAAUGUUUUCUGUUUUUUUGUGUGAGCUUCUUAGAAAAUCCUUGUUCAGCCGCCUUGCUUUUUGGAUCGUUGUCGACCGGACCAAAAAGGAAACCCUUCGGUACAAUAUGGUAUGAUAGUUCUGAGGAUAGUCAUCCGUAGAUUAAUCCGGAGCAAAGAUUCAGCAAGACAUAGCAUUCCUGGAUUAGGUUUUAAGAGAAGCCACUCAUUAAGCGGCGUCACUAGCUAACGAAAAGGCUGACACAUUAACGAAGAAGAGUGUCAAACGUUCGUAUUGGAGGCAGGCAAGGCGACCCAGGAGCAAAAGACUAGGAACUGGAAUGUGUAACAAUUGCAGAGUAGUUAUUGCAAAGAGUGGCUCAAUAAAGAUUCACAUUAUUAAUAUUAUUAUUAUUAAUGUUUGUUUAUAUAGCACCAUGGCACUUUACAGGCACCAUUGAAACAGUAUAUAACCUGCCAAAGGUGUACAACCUUAAAGCCAUAUUAUAUAUAUAUUAUUACAAUACUAAACAAGUUACACAGUUGAAAAUGCAAACUUGAAAAUGACUAAUAUGUAUACUCAAAUAUAAAAUGAUAAAACAAUACAGUAUUAAAAUGGAGUCCCAAACGCUUUAGAGGACAAGAAAGUCUUUAAUUCAGCAUUAAAACUAGCAAGGGAAGAGAUAGUGAAAAAGGAUGAAGCCGAGCCAAGGAAGAAGAAACCCUUGGCUGAGUAAGAAGCCAUUGCAUCAAGGGAAUUUUGCUAAACAACAUACAAAGCACAAAAAGAGCGGCGGAUGAGGGGCAGAAUCUUGCAUUUCUUCAAGUAGUUUCCGACUUACAGCAAACCUAGCGUUGCGUUGUUGCGUUCCUUCAAGUCGUUUUCGACUUUUGGUGAACCUAACGGGGCUUUCUUGCCGAAUUUCUUCCAAAGGGGUGGUUUUCAUGCCCGAGCUGGGAUUCGAACCCUGGCCCUCAGAGUCCUAGUCCAACGCUGAAACCACUGCCCCACUCCAGUCCUCCAUUUCCCAAUAGACCCAGGCAAAAGCAAACCUCUGCAUUGUCUCCUGUUCUUGAUGCCAUCUUGACCACAGGUACACAGCCAAACACGAACCACAGAAGGCCACAGACACAGGUGUAUGUUUAAUACACAAUUAAGACACAAACUUAUGCGUGGCUGCCUAUAUACACAUAGAAUGAAGCAACUUGCACAACGAAUUUGGUUCAAUGGGCAUUGGCAAGUCGCAACAGCUUUGCUUGGCUCCCAGUUUUCACUUGUAAAAUGAAAAUGUUUGGGACAAGCAAGGCUCAAAAUGUAUUGGAAAUAAGAAUAUCCGGGUAUGUUUGGAAAAGGAGAUAAUCUAUGUCUGCUUGCAAUAUUUGAUGUUUCUCCCGUGCGCUCCCAUGUUUCUGACACUUUUGUCUUGGAUUAACUCCUUCAUUGGCUUUUAUAGUCAUUAACGGCUGCAAACUCAUGUGCAAACCAGCCCUGAAUGCAAAACGUCCGGCGGUUAAGUGGUUUAAUGAUCAAUUUCCAGAGCCACUAGAACUGACCAAGUCAGGGAUGCAUUAUUUCAUUUUGCAUUUUCACAAAACUGGACCUGGACACGAUGUCCUCAGAGGAAGAUCCGCACACGGAAGCGUCCGCUCCUUCGCCACAAUUUGGCAUUCUGGAUGUGAUUGUGGUGGCUGCGUAUUUCGUCUUAAAUUUGGCCGUGGGCAUUUGGUCUUCUUGGCGGGCGAACAGAAACACAUUGAGCGGCUACUUCUUGGCUGGAAGGAGUAUCUCUUGGUGGCCAAUUGGUGCCUCUCUCUUUGCCAGCAGCGAAGGAUCGGGGCUGUUUAUUGGACUGGCCGGUUCUGGAGCCGCUGGAGGAAUCGCCGUGGCCGGCUUUGAAUGGAACGCCACCUAUGUGCUCCUGGCAUUGGCUUGGGUCUUUGUCCCUGUCUAUGUCUCCUCGGGAAUCCUUACAAUGCCUGAAUACCUCCAGAAGCGGUUUGGAGGGGAGAGAAUCCGGAUCUACCUUUCGUCCUUGUCGCUUCUUCUCUCCGUCUUCACCAAGAUUUCGACGGACCUGUAUUCGGGAGCCCUCUUCGUCCAAGUCUGCCUGGGCUGGAACCUGUACCUUUCCACCGUCCUGAUGCUGGUGGUCACCGCUGUUUACACUAUUGCAGGAGGGCUCACGGCGGUCAUCUAUACGGACGCCCUGCAAACGCUGAUCAUGGUGGCCGGAGCCGUUCUCUUGACCGUCACAGCUUUUCACAAGAUCGGUGGCUACUCCAACCUGGAAGAGGCCUACCUAAAAGCCAUUCCGUUGAAGACCAUCCCCAACGCAACCUGCCACCUGCCAAGACCUGACGCCAUGCGCCUUUUCCGAGACCCCGUCUCCGGCGACCUCCCUUGGACCGGCAUGACUUUCGGCCUCUCGGUUUUGGCCACCUGGUACUGGUGCACGGACCAGGUCAUCGUCCAAAGGUCUCUCUCAGCAAGAAACCUGAGCCAUGCCAAGGGAGGCUCCAUCCUUGCCAGCUAUUUAAAAAUGCUGCCCAUGGUCCUCAUCAUCAUGCCAGGGAUGAUAAGCCGGAUCCUGUAUCCAGACGAAGUCGGCUGCGUUGAGCCUGCAGAGUGUGCCCGGAUCUGUGGCUCCGAAGUGGGAUGCUCCAACAUUGCUUACCCAAAACUGGUGAUGGACCUCAUGCCUAGCGGCCUGCGGGGUUUAAUGAUUGCGGUCAUGAUGGCAGCCCUGAUGUCCUCCUUGACAUCCAUCUUCAACAGCAGCAGUGCGCUCUUCACGAUGGACAUCUGGAGGAAGGUGCGGACGGGGGCCAGCGAGAAGGAGCUCCUGCUGGUCGGAAGGAUGGUCACUGUUGUCCUGGUGUUGGUCAGCGUGGUCUGGAUUCCGAUCCUGCAGAGCUCCAACAGCGGUCAGCUCUACAUCUAUAUACAGUCGGUCACCAGCUACCUUGCGCCGCCGGUCACAGCUGUUUUUCUGCUUGCCGUUUUCUGGACACGAGCCAAUGAGCAGGGAGCCUUCUGGGGCCUGAUGGUGGGCUUGGCACUUGGCUUGAGCCGCAUGGCGUUAGAGUUUGCGCACCCCGCACCUCGCUGCGGCAUCCCAGACGUGCGCCCUUCAUUUGUGAAGGACGUCCACUACCUCCACUUUGCCAUCCUCCUCUGCUUGUUGACCAUCGUCCUUGUCGUGGGCAUCAGUUUGCUCUCUCGGCCGCCUGAUGCAUCCCAGAUAAAAGAUGUGACUUGGUGGACCCUUCGUCGCCCAGACGGUGCCCCUCCUGCUGACCUUUCCGUGGCCAAAUCGCUACCGGAGAACGGCUUCUGUGGAUCGGACAAAGAGGAUCUCCCGGAAAGGCAACUGUGUGGCAAUCCCUGUCAGGUAAUGGCUUGCAGCCCCUGUUUUAUGGAAGCCAAAAAAGCACCAGAGAAAUCCCCCAGCGACAUGACAGAAUCCGUCUUCUGGGCUCGGAUCUGCGGCAUAAACGCCAUCGUCCUCAUCUCUGUCAACGUCUUUUUCUACGCUUAUUUUGCUUAAGCGGCAUCUUGCGUGGCUUUCUCCAAGGAAGCAAGAGACUGGGGUCUUUGGACAUUAUCACAUCAGUUUGCUGCCCUGCCAUAGUUGGGCUAGUUUUACCAUGGGAGUCCAGUUAGCCCUCUGUAUCCAUGGA